CCUGUAUUGGAAAAGAGAUUUUCAUUUCUCUUUUAAUCGUAUUCGUUUACUUAAAGAAUAUUCUUUCUAAAUCUGUUUUUAUUAAUUAAAUUAAUGUUGAAAAAGAAAUAUAAUGAUUGAAGUUUUAGUUUCUUUCGAUAUCACAUGCGAAUGAUUCUAUUUGUGAACACAUAUGUGCAGAAAAAAAGUUGCGAGAGAACGAAGCCUUAUGAUAGAGAUUAGUAAGAAAUGUGUUUCAAAAAUGUUUUCUGAGGACUUGGUAGUACCUUUUCAUGAAAACUAGAUCACUAAACACAGUUUUUCGCGCUCUUUCGAGUGGUAUAUUUUUUAUUAGAUCAAAACUAAAUACAAAAUUUCGAACCAGUUCAUGUAUUCAAAAGAAUACUCCCCGUUUAACAGAUCCAAAAUCACAUUAUAUCUUUUCAAGAAAGUAUCGAGAAUAUGCAAGAUCAUUAGGAUGAAAAUCAUAUUUACAUUUUCUCUAUUAAAACCAGACUUUUAUAAUAAAGUGAUUGACUGAAAAAAUAUUCAUUUCUAAUGUAUUGAAUAUGUUGAGCAUAAUAUAAACGAAUAGAUACUUCAAGAAUCGCUAACUGAAUUUCAGUCAAUAAUAGACUAGAAGACAAAUCUUCUUCAAUAAAAGAAUGAUAUUCUAUUGGAACUUUUCAAGCACUUCUCUAAAAUUUUUCUGAAUAUUAUGUUUAGAUAAAUACAUGCUCAACCAAUUCCUUCAAUGGAUGAACAUCCACAAUCUAAUCGUAACGAUAUUGCAAUCGACGUUAACGAUCGACAAUUACAUGUAAGCCAAAAAAUUCAUAUUAUAGUUUCAAAAUUUUCAGAUACACAAAAUUAAAGUGAAAGCAGUGAGAGAUUUAUCGAUCUAGCUUAUAGCAUGGCUAUAAAUAGACCUCAACGAGGCUGUAUACUGUGAAACACAAAGAUGCUUCUUAAUCUUUUUAUGAGUCAUGAAAAAUUCGUUAAAUUGCAUUUUUUUAAGAACAAAAGUUUUUGAGUGAGGAAUUCGUUCACAUACAUGACCUCUGUAGUAUCUAAGAUAGCUGUCAAGUUCAAAUAUUUCAAUAAAAAACUGAACAUAUCUCUUUUGACAAAUAAUGAUUUAUUCAUAGUAGAAUACUUGUGUAUGAAAAAAAUCGAUUAAAAUAAAUUCUUCUAUGUCAUUGUUGAAAAUAUUUUGACUUUUAUUGUAGGAUCCAUUCUUAUCGAAUGUAGAUUCUCGGUUUAAUUCGAAUACUCAUCCAUCUGCUGAAUUAUUAAAUGAGCUAGUCAUGUUUCAUAGAAACAGAAAACGUAAUCAGUGGAUAUGUUUUCUGAUUAUAUUUACUAUUGGUGUGGUAGUUACUCAAAUACUAACCACAACCUCAUAUUCUGGAUCUAAAUGCAAGAAUGGUAUCCGAAAAUGCCCAGAAAAUAAGCCCAUCACAUUUUCAGGUGGUUUAUUUCCUCUCAUAUCAAUUGGUUGUGUCUUACUUAUUGCUCUAUGUUUAUGGUGCUUCCAACUGCGCAGAAUGUUUGACAAAUUCAAGCAUAUUGAAAAUCAAGCAAAAACGAUUUUUUGGCGAUUAGAUGGAGAAGAAUGGACACGCUUUUUGGAUUAUAUACAUGGUCCUGAUCGACAAUGGACAUAUUUACCUGCUUUAUCAUGGUUCUGUUGUCGACGAAGAUCUUAUGAACGAUUAAUGAAUCGUCAAUAUGGUCAUAUUAUUUUAUGCGAACAUGGUUUCAUCAUUGACGAAUUACAUUUUAUUUCGUUUCGAUCAUUUACUUUAGCAAGCAUAGAGGUACAAAAUUUCGGACAAGAUUCAUCAAUAUUAGGCUUAAGACUUCAUGGUCGCUUGUCGGCUGGCAAGAGCACUCGAAGUGUUGACUUUGACUUAUUUGCACCAUCAUCCAUUAGACGAGAACAAUUACAUGCAAUUACUGAACAAUACAAAAACAAGAUACCUGUAUCAAAGGUCUGA